UAUGUAUGUAUGUUGUACAGUAUAUGUAAUCCUAUACAACUCCACCACCGCCACUCCCCACGCAACUUCCAACUUCCCAUUUCACCCCUUCAUCUCUCUACCUCUCUCUCUCUCUAUAUAUAUAUAUCGAACUCCUCCGGACCUUCCUUCACUCCCCUCACUCUUACUUCGUCUAUCUAUUCAACAUUAAUACUCUCCCCAAUUCUAUUCUCUUGUUUCACGCCUUAAUGGCUCUUGAGGCUUUGAAUUCUUCGGCGCCGCCUCCGGCGCCGCUCAACCUGUCCCGCCGCUUCGACGAUGUUGAGCCUCAUAUUGUUGACUCAUGGAGGAAAUCCAAGCGCUCCAAACGCCAGCGGGGUUGCGGUGAAUCGGAAGAAGAGUAUCUGGCUGUUUGCCUUGUCAUGCUCGCUCGCAGCGGUGGCGGUCGAUACUCCAUGACCGCCUCCCCCACUCCCACCACCCCCGCAAGCGAAGAGGGAGAUAAGUCGUCGACUAUUGCUAUAACCGCCACUACUCCUGGCGCCGUUGCUUUACCCAAUUGCGUCGACAUCAAGAAAGACCAAGAAUCCUCUCUGGCUACGCCUCCUCCUCCGCCGACGAGUACGAACAAUUCUUACAAGUGCAGUGUGUGCAAUAAAGUUUUCCCAUCAUACCAAGCGCUCGGCGGCCACAAGGCCAGCCACCGCGCCAAACCCCCAGCCGCCACAGCAGACGACGGGAACCCAUCCACCGUCUUAACGACCUCGUCGACUUACACCUCUGUUACCAACCCAAGUGGAAAGCUUCACGAGUGCUCCAUCUGCCACAAGAGUUUCCCCACCGGUCAGGCUCUUGGUGGCCACAAGCGAAGGCACUACGAAGGCGUGAUUGGCAGCGCCGCUGCCAAAAGUCGCACCACCUCCUCCUACGGCGGUGGAGGCAGCGAUCAGAUGACGGUCACCAUCUCCCGAAAUAUCGACUUAAACCUGCCGCCGUCCCCUGGAUUGCAUUGCGAUGAAGAAGUGGAAAGCGCUCUGCCGCCUUUAUUUGAAUAGAAAAAAACAAAUUUAGUGGAAAAAAAUAUAGUUUUUAUCACAUAUUUAUUAUUUUUCUUUAGGAAUUUUAUUGUGCUAUUAUUUGUCUUUUAUAGGGUUGAUGUAUAGGAAAAAGUAAGUGAAUUCUUUAUUCAUUCAUUGGAUGAAAAUUCUUAUGAUUUUAGUAUAUAGUAACUUUUUGUGUGUAUAGUAUUAUUGAAAUAUAUAUCAUUGAAGCCAAGUAA